UCAACCAAACAAGCUACAACGAAUAGUGUGUUCUACCGGCUAAAUACCAAUAAUAAUAUAAUCAUGGAUUGCGGUGGGGUUUUUGUGAAAUAUGUGUUGUUCAUAUUCAACAUAUUGUUUGUGAUAUGUGGCGUUUUACUCAUCACCUUUGGGUCUAUAAUGGUAGCAUCCAUUAAGGAUUUCUCGAAUGUCGGAGAAACCUUCACUGCCAACAGUGUGGCCAUCAUUAUCCUGGUCCUGGGCUGCCUCAUCUUUCUGGUCGCCUUCAUGGGAUGCUGCGGAGCCAUUCGUGAGAAUGCCUGCUGUCUGACAACGUACUCCUCUGUGAUGAUGGUGCUGUUAGUCGGUCAAUUGGCCCUAAUCAUUUAUGUAUGGAUUGACCAUGUACAGAUUCAGCAAUCUCUGGAAAAGAUUGUCCAGACAAUCUGGGACCAGCGAAAAUCUGAUUCCCUCCUAUUGGACACUCUGCAACGAUCGUUCAAGUGUUGCGGUCUGAAGAGCUACGUUGAUUAUGUGUCUGUAACUUUUCCUGCCUCCUGCUGCGACUCUCCCUCCAAUAGUACGUGCUCAAUCACACAGGUAACUGGAAGACCUGGAUGUCUUGGAGCUGUUGAUACCUUCUGGGACACGAACGUCAAUAUCAUCAAAUACGCGGGUCUGGGCGUGACCGCCAUUGAGCUUGUGGCUUUCAUUUUCGGGUGCUGUCUGGCCAAUCAGACCCGAAACUCACAGAGACGCCAGAACUACUAAGCGCUGAGGAGUGUAUUUAUUAAAUAUUAAUAUUAUCCCAUUAAAUCGAGUAAAAAUAUAACUAUGUUAUAAAUGUAAUAAAUGGGAUCACCAAUUAUGGGAUAAAGAAUCU